GACCGUUGAUUUUUAGUCCUACGUCGAACGAGACAACGAAAUGCCGUCGAUGCUGGUGUUCGUCGUACUCGCGUUUCUCCUGAUCUGUUGCUUCAGCUGCUUAAAGCCGAAGAACUUCCCUCCUGGUCCCAAAUGGUUACCUCUCAUCGGUUGCGUCCCGGUGUUCUACACGCUGAGGAAGAAGUCCGGUUUCACGCACUUGGCUUUGAACGAACUGGCCCAACAAUACGGGCCCGUCGUGGGUCUCAAGCUCGGCAAGCAGCGCUUCAUCGUCGUCUCGUCGUACGACCUGGUGAAGAAAGUUCUCAUGAGGGAUGAGUUCAACGGCAGGCCGAGUAGCUUCUUCUUUCGAGUUAGAUCCUUCGGAAAAGAGAAAGGUGUACUUUUCACCCAAGGCUCGGUAUGGCAGCAGCAACGUCGCUUCACGAUGCGCCACUUCAAGGUUUUCGGUUUAGGCGGGGAAGUGAUGAACCAGCGCUUGGUCAGCGAAGCUCAAAGCCUCGUCGAUUUUCUGGAGGCAAGCGGUAAAGAGGGACCGGUACCGAUGCACACGGCCUUCGACAUCGCGGUGUUGAACUCGCUUUGGACGAUGUUAGCCGGGCACAGGUUCGAGUACGACGAUCACAAGCUCAAGGAAAUCCUGGCGGUCGUUCACAAGGUGUUCAAGUUGACCGACACUGUAGGCGGGAUAAUGUCGCACAUGCCCUUCCUGCGCUUCGUUGUCCCGGAACUGUCGGGGUUCAACGAGCUCAUGUCGAACUUGCAAAAGCUCUGGGGUUUCAUAGGCUCGGAGAUUGACGAGCACGAGACCAGUCUGUCCAAGGACCAACCCAGAGACCUCAUCGAUGCUUUCCUCAUGGAGAUCAGAGCCAAAGGAGCCGGGAGUCAAGAAGAUAGCAUCUUCGACCGCGAGAAUCUAAUGAUCCUGUGCCUGGACCUGUUUCUCGCCGGCUCGAAAACGACUACCGACUCGUUGGCGGCGUUAUUUUCAUUCCUGGCGCUGAAUCCUCACUGGGUCAAGGAACUGCAGCAGCACAUGGACGCCGUUAUCGGAAGGGAUAGGCCACCGACCUUGGCUGAUAUGCCGCUACUCCCGAAAAUCGAAGCUUUCAUCGCUGAGGCACAAAGGUUCUUGCAUCUGGCCCCGCUGGGAAUACCUCACAACACUUUAAAAGAUACUUCACUGGAAGGAUAUCUGAUUCCAAAAGAUACGACAGUCCUCUUGAACUUCUACAGUGCUAACAGCGACAAGUCCCAGUGGGAAAACCCGGAAGAAUUUCAACCCCAGAGAUUCCUCGACGAACAGGGCAAAUUUCGGCAAUCCACCGGCGCUAUGGCAUUCAGUCUAGGUAAAAGACGCUGUCUGGGCGAAGGUCUGGCGCGGAACUCGCUCUUCCUAUUUUUCACCUACGUCCUGCAACACUUCGACAUGAAACUAGCACCGGGUUACGAGCCCCCGAAUCUCAACGGAAUCGAUGGUUUCCUCAUUUCGCCUACACCCUACUACCUAGUACUCAAGCCUCGCCACUGAUCUGUCGCUCGCAAAUGCGCAAAACUGACGGAAAUACGUCUCUAGAGGUGUUUGUUUGAAAUUGCGCCGUCUUUGAAGUCAUGGAUUCGCAGAUUUUGCGUGUGAACGAGUUUGAAUUAUAGUUUUUCUUUUUUUUAAAUUCAACUUGGAUAGACUGAAUACUGAUUUGCUGUACUACUGUGCAGUAAUGCCGUAAUCAAUAAUGUGACAAAUAUACAACAAUAAAAGAAACGCCUUGAAAAUAAUUUCCAAAUUUUCGAAGCAUAACAAACUCUUCAUCUCCGUACAUCUGACGCGUGCAAAACAUAUCUUGGACAGCUGACACAUGAAAGACUAAAGAAAGCCAUACACAGCAUCGGUAAAUAAACGACGCGCGCGCUUCGAUGCAUCCGACUCGGCGCAAGACACGUUCCCUCUGUUUAUUUGAAAGCAAACCCGUUUGAUUUCAUGUGGAUCACCGCUAGCUUUGAAAAUCGUGGCAAAGCAACGUUUUCGAGAAAUCGCCAUAUAAUAUGUUUUUGGAAGAGUCUCGUUAGCACUUUUACGACGUAAAAUAACAUUACUCAUAUUCCAACUAGAAAUUAUUUUCAACGUCCUCACCGUCUACCUAUACAUCAGAGUGAGCGUGACGCUCACAAUAAGUGUCGAGUUAAAGGGAUGUCUUGUAUAAUCAUAUCAUAGAAUCCAAGAGCUCGUAUAGUUUAACACUGUAUUUAUUGAGCUGAAUAAAAAGAAAUGUUAGCGUC